AUGGCGGCGACUGAGGCCAGCGCGGCGCCGGUGGUCCAGGAGGACGGGAAAACGGACGCCGGCGAGCCGAACACAGAGACCGUUAGCAACGACACGGCGCCGGACAAAGAUGGCGGCGCGGCGAGCGGCGAAACGGCGCCCGAUGGCGGCGAGGCGGCGCCCGAUGGCGGCGAAACGGCGCCCGAUGGCGGCGAGACGGCGCCCGAUGGCGGCGAGGAGGCGGCGGCGCCCGCCCAGAGCUCGGAGAACGCCGCCGAGCCCAAAACCUCGUUCCUGGACUCCUUCCUGAACAAGAGCGGCCUGGGGAAGGUGAUGGGGGGCCGCAAGAAGAAGGCCGAGGACGGCGAGGGCGCCGGCGGCGAGGAGGAGGCGGCGGCGGCGGGCGCCGUUGCCGAGGGCGACGCGGCGCCGGCGCCGGCGGCAACGGAGGACGGCGACAAGGACGAGGACAAGAAGAAGCCGGCGGAAGGGAAGUCCACCAGCGUCCGGGAUCUCAUCCGGAAACCCGUGUCCCGGAUCUUCUCCCACCGCGGCGCCGAGAAGAAAGAUGGCGGCGAGAAGAAAGAUGGCGGCGAGAAGAAAGAUGGCGGCGGGGUCGUGGUCCGGUCCCGGUCCCUGGACCGCCUGGAGGACCCCGAGGCGCUAAACGCCCCGAUGGAGGAGGAGGCGGUGGAUCAGAAGGGCGCCGAAACCUCAACGGGCGCCGCCAAACACAUGAGGCGCUGGCACUCCUUCAAGAAGCUAAUGGCCCAGAAGACGCACCGGAAAGAGGCGGCCGAGGUUGCCGGCGGCAACGAGGGCGGCGAUGGCGGCGAUGGCGGCGAUGGCGGCGAGGGCGGCGGCGGCGAUUCGUCCACGCUGGACUCGAAGGAGUCGGGCCAGAAGAGGUGGAAGCUGAAGCGAUCCUGGACCUUCCAGGGCCUGAAGAGGGACCCGUCCGUGUCCGGGAUUAGCAGCAAGCUAGCAGCUAAGGGCGCCGAACGGGAUGGCGAGGAAACGGCGGGCGGCGCCGAGGAUGGCGAGGAAGCUAAAGCGGAAGAUGAUCCGCCAACGGUGGAGGACGGCGAGGAGAAGGAUAGGGUGGAUGGCGAGGAAAAGGCGGAGGCCACAGAGGAGGAGAAAGCGGCGGCGGCGGCCGGCGGGGGGACGGUGACGCAUCACGCUAACGAGAUCUGGACCUCGUUCAAGAAGCGCGUCAUCCCCAAGAGCAAACGCGCUAACGCCGAGAGCGCCGCCGCUAACGCCGGGGAGGAGGACGCCGCCGCCAAUGCAACAGCGGCCGCCACAGGUAAGCCCCGCCCCCAACACCACCGGGAGGUAAACCGAGGCCUCUCGGUUUACCGCAAACCUGCUGUGUUUGGGCCUGCUAGCAGCUAA